GUGAAGUUUCCCUAGCGUCACCUCCUCAUGCCCCCCUUUUACAGCUUCACUUCGAGCUUCCUCUCGCCUUCGCCCCGGUGAUCGGAUCCGACUCCCUCUCUCGACGACCAUUGUUAUAUAUUUCUCUCAAUACUCUCCCCAUUUUCUCCCACCUUUCUUCAUCUUCUCCCCAAAAAUAUCUCGCGCCGUCCAAAAACCCAUUCUCUCUCUAGCUAGAAUGACGAUGGGAUCGGGGGAUCGACGGCCAUCGCUGUUCUCCCCGUAUCAGAUGGGACGGUUCCGGUUAUCUCACCGAGUGGUGCUGGCGCCCAUGACGAGAUGCAGGGCGCUGAAUGGGGUUCCGCGUGAAGCUCAUGUUGAAUAUUAUGUUCAGAGGGCGACUGAAGGCGGAUACUUGAUCACUGAAGGGACUUUGAUUUGUCCUGGGGCUGGAGGGUUUCCUCACUGCCCAGGGAUAUAUACACAAGAGCAGAUAGAUGCAUGGAAAAAAGUGGUGGAUGCUGUUCAUGCAAAGGGAAGCAUCAUCUUUUGUCAACUUUGGCAUGUUGGUCGUGCUUCUAAUGAAGUAUAUCAGCCUGGUGGUGGAGCUCCUAUAUCAUCCACUGAUAAGCCAGUAUCGGGCAGGUGGAGAAUAUUGAUGCCCGAUGGGAGUUACGGAAAAUAUGCAAAGCCUCGACGACUCUCUGAAGAAGAAAUACCACAGAUUGUGGAGCUAUAUCGCCAAGCAGCCAUAAAUGCCAUCAAAGCAGGCUUUGAUGGCAUUGAGAUCCACGGAGCCCACGGAUACCUGAUCGACCAAUUCCUAAAAGACGGCAUCAACGACCGAUCUGACUCAUAUGGCGGAUCCCUCCCCAACCGUACCCGUUUCCUUUUCGAGAUAACCCGAUCUGUUUCUCUUGCUAUCGGGCCUGACCGGGUUGGAGUCCGUGUGUCACCUGCAAUUGACCAUCUCGAAGCCCACGAAUCCGACCCACAACUCCUCGGCCUAGCCGUAAUCCAACGGCUAAACUCCCUCCAACGCGAGCUAAACCAACGGUUGGCCUACCUCCACGUCACCCAGCCGAGAUACACAGCAUAUGGCCAGACCGAGUCGGGACCACUUGGAAGCGCUGAUGAGGAGAGCCGUCUGAUGAGGGAGUGGAGGGCAGGAUAUGAUGGAACUUUCAUUUGUAGCGGGGGGUAUAAUCGGGAAUUGGGAAUGGAGGCGGUCGCUGAUGGAGAUGCGGAUCUUGUUAGUUACGGGCGUUUGUUUAUUUCAAACCCGGAUCUGGUUCAGAGGUUUAAAGCGGAGGCGGGUUUGAAUAAGUAUGUACGGGCUACAUUUUACACGCAGGAUCCGGUGAAGGGAUAUACAGAUUACCCGUUUAUGGGACAAGUAAGAUCAAGGAUGUAGUUGUUGUACUAGUUGUACUAGCGUCACGUGCACGUAUAUAGGAUUAUUGUGAGGGGUUAUUCGUAGGGGGUGUAUUAUUGUUCUUGUGAAAAAUGAUGUCUUAAAUCCUUGGAAGUGUGAGUAUUUGUAGUUUUGUACCCUGCUUUUGGGUUUUGAAUGAAGAUCGUAGCCUUCUGCUGCAAAAUGAGCAUGUUUAGGUAUCAAGCAAUUGACAUUUUAAAACAUUUACUUGUGUUUUUGUCAA